AUGCAACUGAGUCAAUUCCUUCGACUCGCCACAUCAGACACCUAUCACAACGAUCCGUCGAUUGCCGCGCUUCCCAGUGUUGAGAACCGAAUAUUCAAGUACGUGAACAACAAGCCGCCUUCCACGGAAAAGUACGACCGAUUCAUCCGAAACGGACUGUUCGAUUUCCGACCCCUGAUACGACGUCACCCGUAUGAGUACCGGUUACAGUAA